UCAUCCGCCGCGACUCCUAGCGAAGUCAGCGGAAAAGGAUUCCCGAAUAUCCGUCAUCCUCCGAUCGGCGUCCCUGAAAAACCGGAAUCCUAGCCGGAAUAUCCCCGAUCGGCGACGGCGACGGCGACGGCGACGAUGAUCGGCCGGAGAGCUUGGCGCGACCUGCGGCGGUGCUGCCGCCCGCGGUGGCCGGCCCCGGCGCCCCGUCAAGCUACGCGCCCCCCGCCGCCGGGCGAGCUCGGAAGGCCUCCGGCCCGGGGCGGCCGCGCGACGCCGAGCCGCCCUCCUCCGCUCGCGGCCGCGGCGUUCCUCGCGACCGAUCUUCGAGUCCGAUUCGAAGGUCUUUGUGGAACGAAGGCGCGUGGCUUUUCGAGCGACGCGGUGAGGGACGUUCCCGUCGCUGGAGUGGUCGAUGUGCCGUUGGCGCAGACAGGGGAAGGCAUCGCCGAGUGCGAACUUAUCAAGUGGUUUGUUCAAGAGGGGGAUCUGAUCGAAGAAUUUGAACCACUCUGUGAAGUUCAGAGCGACAAAGCAACCAUAGAAAUAACAAGUCGGUACAAAGGAAAAGUCGCCCAUCUUAAUCACAUUCCUGGCGAUAUAGUGAAGGUCGGAGAGACUCUUCUAAAGAUGGUUGUUGAGGAACCACAUCUUCUAGUGGAGGCUUGCGAUGGUUUGGAAAAUGUCAAUUCUCCAACUUCUGAGACGAUAAAAAGCCAAAAAUGUGGAGUCCUGUCAACACCAGCAGUUCGAGGUCUUGCCAAGGAAUAUGGCAUAGACAUAACUGAUGUGCAUGGUACUGGAACGGAUGGCAGAGUGCUAAAGGAAGAUGUUCUUAGAUAUGCUGCUGACAAAAGAAGUGUGGAAGGUAGUUCUGCCUUUCUGGGUACUGAUCACGAGGAUCAGUUUUUGGGCGGGGCACAGACUCACCAAAAUGUAUCAGCUAAAUCUGGAUGGCAUUACAAUGAUGAAACGAUUCCCUUGAGGGGAUUCCAGCGAGCAAUGGUCAAAUCAAUGUCCAUGGCUGCAAAAGUACCACAUUUUCAUUAUGUGGAGGAGAUAAACUGUGAUGCUCUGGUGGAGCUUAAAGCAUCUUUCCAGGACAAUAACACAGAUCCAGAUGUCAAGCACACUUUUCUACCGCUGUUGAUAAAGUCACUUUCAAUGGCCUUAAGCAAGUAUCCCAUAAUGAACAGUUGCUUCAAUGAGGAAUCAGUUGAAGUCAUCCUUAAAGGUUCGCACAAUAUAGGGAUUGCGAUGGCUACUCCAAAUGGUCUUGUUGUUCCAAAUAUUAAAAAUGUUCAGUCUCUGUCUAUCUUGGAGAUAACAAAGGAGCUGUCACGGUUGCAACAAUUUGCAUUGAAUAACAAGCUCAAUCCAGAAGAUAUAUCUGGCGGAACAAUAACGUUAAGUAACAUUGGAGCAAUCGGUGGGAAGUUUGGUUCUCCCCUUCUGAACUUGCCUGAAGUUGCCAUCAUUGCGGUCGGGCGGAUCCAGAAGACUCCACAGUUUGCAGAUAAUGGAGACGUGUAUCCAGUGUCUAUCAUGACUGUGAACGUGGGUGCGGAUCACAGAGUUCUGGACGGAGCUACGGUGGCCAGAUUUUGCAACGAGUGGAAGCAAUACGUGGAAAAACCGGAGAUGCUGAUGUUGCAAAUGAGGUGAUCCGGCAACGAAAUACAGGUCGCCGUCCCUCCUUCGUGUCUGUACAUGGCAAUAAAAGGAGCUUUUUAACCGUUUGGGAACAGAAUGUACAUGUCUGAAAGGACGAAACAUCGAUUAUUAUGCGGUGCAUGGGUUGAAGUGAUUCCAUGGUGAAACCGAGAAAUGCUGCUAGACUUUCACAUAA